AUGGCGCGAUAUGUGCUUGGUUUGUUGUUUUUAGUGGGCAGCGUACAGCUACUAGUUGCGUUGCCAGCUGAAAAACCCGACUCAGAAGGUGCAAACGCAACUGUACCAUCCACUGCUGGGGCUGGUACACAGCAGCCGGCAACUACUGGAGCUACACCGGAACCAACCGCUGCAAAGGCUACUCCAGAAUCGACGGAUUCUACAACCUCUGUCCCUACCACUCAACCACCGACCACCACCGAACCACCGACUCCUGAAACCACUACGGAGGAGCCGGAAGAAACUCGACCUCCGCCACCAGUAUGUGAGGAUCCGCGCGAGAUUUACGACGAGUGUGGUACGGCUUGUGGCGAUCGGACCUGUGACAAUCAGCGACGGUCGAACGUACAGUGCUCCAAGCAGUGCGUUGAGGGAUGCUUCUGUCGCAAUGGUUACGUGCGGGACAAAAACCGCAAGUGCAUCCCGGCGUACCGUUGCGGUAAGGGUUGGUGGUGA